CUCGUCCGCGAGCUCGCAGUCGUCAGCUGCACAAUGGCACCGUUGGUCCGCGCUCGCUCGUCCUGCUGCCGCCGUCGUUUCUGAGCGGUGGGCCGGCCCGAAACGUUGGACCGUCCGUCGCGCGGAUACCACGAGUCUCUCCUCUCGCGUACGCGCGCGCGCUCUCAUUCCCUCUCACAUCCUCUCCGCGGUGUCCGACACCCGAGAGUCCGUCGCGACGCUCCAAGUUCUCGGUCGUUUCGCUCGGAAGCGGGACGACGACCAUCGCGUUCGUAAUUCGACGAGAGGAAGCCGAUCACGAGCGAGUGAGGAAGAAGAAAAGGAAGCAACGGCGGAAGAGAACUCCGACGAGGCACGAUCGCUGGCAAGCAACCGCUCUCGAUCGUACCUCGGCGACGCGGUGCCGCCCGCGGACGUCCAAUCGUCUUAACCACCCACCCACCGAUUCAGGAACGACGUACGGCGACACGACGAGAGGAAAAACACGAAGGAUCAGCUCCCGAGAGCGACCGACUGAUUACCCACGAAGAUCUCUCUCCGUCCAAGGACCCGGCGCGGCGAGACUGCGAGACGACGCUGCGCGGGACCUCCCCGAAAGCACAAGUGAUAUUUCUAACUAUAUAGUCAAACCCGUUAGAUUUAGAGGGAGCCAAGGACCCGCCGUGUGUGGGAUCCGUCAUCUCCGUGCUCCGUGUCAGAUGCCGGCGCGCGAUCAGAGCAUCCAGCGCGCCGAAUCCAGGUGACGCGAAGUGCGUUCAAACGCAACCGGGAUUCGCGCGAGACAGUUUCACGAGGCGUUUAAAGGCGCGCUGGUUGGACGACGGCACAGGCGUCCGUGUGUGUGAUAAAUCGUCGGCUGUGUGGUACACGUGAUACGUGGCUAUAUACACGUGUGCGUGCGUGUGUGUGUGUGUCUGUGUGCGCGCGCGCACGCGGGUUUGAACGGAGGAACCGCAACAUGAGAGUGGCCAGGCAGCAUCCACUGCAUCUGCAAGUACCGACCCGCAGCAACAAUGGCAAGUUCCCGGUCGGUCUCAACGGCGGCCAGGACGUCGUCCACCAGCAGCUGCAGCAACAGCAGCAGCAGCAUCGCCAGCAGCAGCCGGCCGGCGACGAGAGCAGCGCGGUGGUACCGCCGAGCUGCGCGUUUCCCAGCUGCGAAUCGGUGCCCACGGACCUCCACGGGGGACCGACUAUACUGGGGGAUCGAUUCCUGCUUCUUGGCCCGGCCGAGGGUAGCGCUCUUUAUCGAUGCGUCGACGUGCACAGCGGUCAGCAACUCGUCGCCAAGGCGCUGACCGUGGGCGACAAAGGUUGCGAGGCGUUGCUGCAGGCCCACCUUCGUCUGGAGGGCACCGGCGCGGCGAGCGGCGUGGCGGGCGUGGUGGAGGCACCUGGAGGUCGGCGCUAUCUCCUCUUGGAGGGCCACCACGGCGACCUGCACGCCUACGUAAGGGCACGCAGGAGGCUACGCGAGCCCGAGGCGAGGCGGCUCUUCCGGCAGGCGGCCAGGGCUGUGGCGACUUGUCACGAGUAUGGAGUCGUGCUGAGAGACCUCAAGCUCCGGAAGUUUGUCUUCGCUGAUGAAGCAAGAACGCGGCUUCGGCUGGAGAGCCUGGAGGACGCGGUGAUCGUGGAGAACGACGACGACAAGCUGACCGACCGGCGCGGCUGCCCGGCUUACGUCGCGCCGGAGGUGUUGCGCUCCGGGCGCGCCUAUUCUGGCAAGGCAGCGGACAUCUGGUCGCUCGGCGUGCUGGUGUACACGAUGCUGGUCGGCCGUUAUCCGUUCAACGACGCCGAGCACGCGUCCCUCUUCGCGAAGAUCUCGCGCGGCCAGUUCGCCGUGCCGGAGGGCCUGAGCCCGCGCGCCAAGUGCCUGAUCCGCUCGCUGCUACGAAAGGAGCCGUCCGAGCGACCGUACGCCGAGGACGUGUUACUGCACCCGUGGCUCUCGAAGCCGCUGCGGCUCUGCACGCCGACGUCCGGCAGCAGGUCCUCGUGCCAGGACCAACUCGUACCAGAGCUACCUACCAAUCCUCAACAAGACUGACUCUAUUUCGGGAGAAGGAUCAUUAUUCCGCGCGUUACACCCUCGUAUCACUCUAGCAUCCUAGUGCUUCACGCGCGCCGACAGCAGCCGGAUCGAAAUCGCGAGAGCGAGCCGAGAGGGAGGAGUUUAGCGCAGUCAAAAGAGGAACAGGAGUGUGAGAUGAUCCCCUUUUAACACAUUGCCUGUGCCCCCCGGGCAGGGGGAUACCUUGCAUUUGAAGCACAAAAUGACCUGAUUAAAGUAUAUUUGAGAAACGUGCGUGAACGAAACGUUGAACAAAAUUAUUAUCAAAAGAGCAGCACGUGCUCUGUCGUUAUUAUAUUUAAGAGUUCUCGCAUAUCGAGAAAUCCUGGCAGUCAAUGUGUUAAUGGCAGCUGAAUCGCACGCUUCACCCGGACGUGCGCGUCCACGGAUGCUGCUCGAUCCUCUCCUUUCCGCCGGCAAAUGGCGGCCUAGAAUAAGCUUCGAAGAUAGCAUCAACGGAUGAGAAUAAUCGUUCUCGGCGUGGAAUUCACGUGGGGGAGAGUGAUCAAAGCCUAAAAUACGAACCUCUGGGUUGACCCUCCCUCCGUUUAGUGCCGUAACUCAGAGUCGAAUUGGCUGAUGAUGGAACCUUUGGACGUUUCAUUAAGAAUAAGCUUACUCUAGUCUUGAGACGGCUCGCGGUUGAGGCACUGAACGGCGAGGGCAAUCAAAGGAAUCCUCUGUAAGAUAGCGUCUCCCGAUUUUGGUCACUCUUCGCCGACAAUUUCGGAGGCAACGUGACGCAAGUGAUACACAUUGAAGAAAAACGAACGUCUCUAUCGGCUAAAGAGAGUCCUAGAUUCGAGAAACAUUGCCAUUACUGGUCCAAAAGAGAAUCAUUCACCUCGUCCUCGUCCACGUAAGCGUGUUCGCGCAGCGCGCGGAUCUUUUGUGAUAGAAUCUUGCAGAUAGAUUCUAAGCGACAUAUAUGUGAUACGAAACAUACAGGUUGUUUCAUAAGCCGGACGGUUACUUGCGGUCAUCUGUCUCUGAAGUCCAUGUACAUUAAUUAAAUAAAUAAUUGUCGCUAAAUUCGAUCGACCUUGAUGUUUGUAUCGUGCGUUAGGCACAUACCCGAGUAAAUCCUACGACUUUCUCUCGAUAUCUCGCGUCUGCGCAUCUACACGGGAUGGUUUUUACGGUUUACGGCUAUUACUGGUUGAUCCAUGUAUGUACAUACGGAGCUAUGUAAAUUCAAGCGAGGGACUUGAACGUAAUGUAAAUUCGAAUAGAACAACCAGUGAGCUUUGUAUAGCAUUACAUAGUACAUAGUACAUAAGGCGACGAAUAAGUGGGACUGGAAAUUGAGUCGGAUUCAAGCUAAACAUUUCGUCGAAAAAUAAAUAAACGCGAUAGCAGUCGUUCGACGCGACGACGACGACGACGACGACGACGCCAUACCGUUAGUGCAAGCCAAACGUUAGAACGAAGUCGAAAUGAAUGACGAGACUACUAAUCCGAGAUCCGGCUCACUCUUCCUCCGCUCGUUUACUCGUCGUCGCAGAGUCAAUCAAAUCUACUAGACGGACGACGAAGGUACGAAGGUGGGACAUUUCCCUUUUGCGCGCGACGAAACUUCGUUCUCUGACCUAAAAACAUUGCCUGAAAACGUUCAAGACUGCUUGGACAUGUGGCCUAUACGAUUUAACCCUUUUAGAGAAAGCGAAUACAAUACAAUAAUAAUAAUAAUCGGCGAAUUUCUAACUUAAGAACAAUAAAAGAAUACGCUUCUGGAGUACUCGGGCACGAGGUAUCCAUGAAUACAAAAUGUGUUCAUCGAGGGCGAUGUUUUCAGGUAGAGCACUCGCUGGCGAAUCGAAGACAGAAAUUUACACACCCUCCCCGCCCCCCUUCCUACUACAGACCGCCGAGAUCAUCGCUUGUCGCGCGUUUUAUAUUAAUACGACUCACUAGGUAGAUUCGACGAACGAACGAAGCGAACGAUCGACCGAUUUUGUAUAUCAGUUUUCUACAUGAGGCUACGCGCAUCUCAUUUUGAGGAUUUUCUCUCUCACGAGAUUGACUCCUCGUGGUCGAACUGUGUCCGAAGACAGACAAAUCGGUGCCACGGAUAAUCCUCAAUUAUUUUCCAUGAAAGUUUUUAUUGCCGCAAAUUUAUUGCACGAGAAUGAGAUUCCAAAGCGGACACUGAGGCUUGAGUCGCAUCUCGAGUAGCGUUAAUCUCGGUGAUUGAUCACCUUUUCCUCUGUCUGCAGCACGGCGGGCUUAGUCAUGCCGCGCCGAGGUCGUCAGUGUAUCGCCGCUAAAUAAAGAAUUAUCGACACUGCAGUUGUCGGUAGGUGUGUAUCCGGAAUAGCGCUUUUUAAGCUUAUCUUUUUCUUGCGCUACAAGAUCGGAAUUGCCGAGCAACUGACGAAGCCCGCGGCAUUGAGCAAGCAAGGGAACGGAAUUUAAUGUGGAGCGACGUAUUUCAAUCUUCCCCAACGAAACGCUGCAUUUUUUAACAGAAUUUGUAAAUUAUUAAAUUUACAUUAUAUAUAAUAUAAUGUAAAUUCACUGAAUGCGCUUCUACGAGAAGCCUGAUGAUGAGCCAAGCCUGCCAAGAGCAACGCGUUUUACAAAUUACGCCGGCGGAACGGUGAUCGAUUGAAAGACGCUCCUCCGGAUCAGCAGCGGAAAAGCGAGACGCAAGUGAUCAACUCGGACUGUCGCGAUGCGAUUCGACCUCGGUGCGAGCCUCCGCGCGAGUCGCAUCCGCGUCGGGCGACGUCGAGGCGUUCGCGUUCGCGGAACUUCCGGUUCGAACGAGCAAGAGAGAGAGCGAGCGCAGGGGAGCGACGGCGAGGGGGUUUCGUCGAGCGAAACUCGCUCGCCGCGGCUCGAUCCCUCGCGUUCCGCGCGAAAGAGCGUACCAUGUGUUCUUGUAUUUAAAACUACCUAUCUAUCUACUACCUGCCUACUACCAUUAUCUACCUACCUACCGACUCGCGCGAGACUCUUUUGUAACUUCCGCGAGGCGUAAAAAGCGACAGACUCUUCUCCCCUUUUUACUUCGGUAAACUCGCGCGUACGGAGACGUCGCCGUCCCGGCGCGAUUAUUCCUCACGUCGUAUCAUUUUCAGUCAGGGUACAAACGCGGCGCGUGCGCGUGCGUGCGCGCGCGUUCGUCGACGCGUUCAACCGUGUACAUGUACAUAUACAUAUAAGCUCGGGCACGAAUCCUGCGAGUCCUAUCAUUGAAUCAUUAUCUAGGUGCGAUAAGGGAAACUUCGUUUCUGUACAUAGGCAAAAUAAAGUGGCGUUUACGACGAAAA